AUGUCACUCUGGCGACGCAUCUGCAAUGCUAUCGGAUUUUCAAAGUCCUAUAAUGCGAUUCUAUUCUGCGUAUUCGCAACUCCUUUCUUUCUCUUUGCGCUAUCCGAGGCCAUUCAAUCCUUCACCCUUGGGGGCAUCCGAGUCUCACGCACAGUUCCGGGGGAGAAAUAUUGGUGGCAAUCGGUCCGCGGUCGCCUGGGAAUAUCUCUUCACCUCGGUGCAGUCCUCCCGUUUGCUCUGCUCUCGGUCCUGCAAUUUAUUCCCGCCAUCCGACGCAAAUGGCCCGGCUUCCAUCGCAUCAAUGGUCGAAUCGCAAUGACGCUUUUCCUGAUUUCAAACAUUGGCGCCCUCAUGAUCAUGGAGCAUACUUUUGGCGGUGCACUGGACAUGCAAUUCAUGGUUACCUGCCUAGCUACACUGCCAAUGAUUAGCAUGGCGCUGGCAUAUUAUAACAUAUACCGGCUGCAGCUCGAGCAGCAUCGCGCCUGGAUACUGCGUGCAAUGUUCUAUGCCGGUGUCAUCUUGUCCGCACGUCCGCUCCUGGUCAUAGGAUCUGUGGUCAUUUCCAAAAUCGGCACGUAUCAGAAUAUAUGGCCAUGCGAAAUGAUAGACUUUACGUGGAGGGAAUACGGUGCCGCUGCAGGAGACUACUUAGCUGACUACCCACAAUGCGCAUCCGGCUUCAAUAACGCGACGGCCGCUUUUGCAAUUGUUAGAGCGAAUGUCUUUAGUGAUUCUGACCCGGCACAGAUCGGGGCCUCUUUCCAGAUACCCGCAUCAACAUCAUUUAUGCUGGCCCUGAUUUUGCAUGCAGUUGGCGUUGAAAUUUACCUAGCACUCACCCAGGGUGAGGCUAAUCGACUACGAAUCGAGAGUUAUAGACGCCAGCGUGCAGCGGGGUACGCGAAUCCCGGGAGCGCUGGCUUGGUUGCGGAUAAGUUUGGAGAUGGUAAUCCAUGGAAAUACCCUUGA